ACUGGUUAGCUGGGGGAAAUCUGCAGCACACCAUGUACGGAACUCCGACUUAGACAAACUUCGUGGCUCGACGGCGUAAAUCGAAAGGAAAAACACGUAGCUUUAAUUAGCCAAUAGCGCGUCUGACCCAAGAAAAUAACAAAAAAUAAACAAAUACAUUAACACGCAAAUCUUAAUCAAUGGCUUUACGUUAUAUUGACUGAAGGGAUAAUCGCGUAUUAGUAAUACAAGUUUUGUCCAAGUGGUUUGCCGUAGCUACUCAGCAGAAAAGCUUCCUCCUCAUACGUCUCUUCUUCAAUUGCCACUUUAGACUUGAAGUGAACUUGCCUUCCCGAGUUGAUUUGGAGUCCUCGACCCAGGACGUCCAUCACCACCCUACAGGGCUAAAACCGAAUUCGUUGAAGGCGUCUCGGUGCACGUUGAAGCUUCUUGGCCUCCCUUAACUUAGCUUCCUAGCCCUGCUAACAAAGAGACGCGUUUGUGAGCAAAAUCGCGAUCAGGUUUUGGGGUUUGGGACUUGCGAGCAGGAGGAACAGCAGAGUCGAAACAGGACAUUCGGAGACCAAAAGUGUGACAACGUCAAGCGCUAGACGCUGUUUGCAAGAUGGAGACCGGAAUUGUGUUCUACAGCGCAGAUGUCAGUGAAAGUCUUGGUCCUGAGCGACAGGAGUCAAAGUUCCUUCAUAUUAAAGCGGAAGUGGAGGAUAAAGAGCCUUCCCACGUUCAAAAAGAAGUGGAGUUGGAGCCACCCCACGUCAAAGAGGAGCCAGCGCUCUCCCACAUCAAACAAGAAGAGGAAGAAAAGGAGGAUACUACCAUGUUUCCAUUCACUGGUGUCCAUUUGAAGAGUGAAGAUGAUGGUCAAAGUGGGAAAAACAGAGAGGUGGAGCUUCCCAGCAGCAGGUCAAGUCAACACAUGACAACAGGAAGUGACAGAGACCACCAAGCAGGUGGCCUCUUUGCUCCACUGUCAGAUAGUGAUGACACGUCACACUUGUCUGACAAUCACGAUGUUCAUGAGAAUGAAAGAGAGUCUGCAGGUGAUAUGACGUGUCACACUGACAACAAAUGCUGGAAAUGUUUUCAGUGUGGAAAAACGUUUGCUUAUAAGAGCCGUUUGAAGCGACACAUGAGAAUCCACACUGGGGAAAAACCUUUUGCCUGCACAAUUUGCGGGAAAAGAAUCUCUUCAAAGCAACAUUUAGAAUCUCACACAAGAAUACACACGGGUGAGAAACCAUUUGUCUGCUCAGUUUGUGGGCAAAGGUUCUCUGAUAAGGGAAACUUGAAAUAUCACACAAAAACGCACACUGGAGAGAAAGCAUUUGCCUGCUCACAUUGCGGAAAAAGAUUUUCUCAUAAAGGGCAUUUGACAAUUCACACAAGAACCCACACUGGAGAGAAACCCUUUUCCUGCACAGUAUGUGAUCAGAGAUUUUCUGAGAAGGGAACUUUAAAAGGUCAUACAAGAACACACACUGCUGAGAAACCGUUUUCCUGCUCAAUUUGCAGUCAAAGAUUCUCCGAUAAGGGAAACCUCAGACGACACAUGGUAACCCACACUGGAGUGAAACCUUUUUCCUGCUCAGAUUGUGGCCAAAGAUUCUCUCAGAAGUACAAGGUGAAGACACACAAAUGUGUUGGUGCGAAGAGCAAUCAUCAAUGAGGAAUGGAGCUUAUUAUCUGAACUGGGUUCCUCAGUUUUGGAACCAAAGAGCAUUGUAUUCUAUGUAACUUUUAAAAGGUCUCUGUUGGAGGAUGCUUUUUUUCCUCCCUGUGUUCAUUUAAUUUUGGGUAGUGAGAAUGUUGGUUAUCCAUAUAAAGCCUGGAGAACAGUUUCAAACAUGAACAGUUAGCCUACGUGCAGAGAUGCGCUCAAGGACAAAUCUGGGUACAGAGCAGAGCCCCACUGAUGACAUGAGGAAAUUGCGGAGUCAUGACUAAAUACGGGCAUAACACAUACUUCAUCUCUUGUGGAAGAGAGUUGAGAAUCAGCACUGAUGUUGAAGCACAGCAAAGCAUGUGGUUUCUCCAAUGUUUUGUUUUUUGUGAUGUUCAUGUCUAAAAAAAAAAUCAAAGAAAAAGAAAAUAUUUUUCAAACUCUUCUCAGGUCAUGUUUUGGCAGGUCAAAGACUGUGAACUUCAGGGGGGGUUGGUUUGGUCUCGUGGUGUGAUUUCAAGAUGGCACCUAGCAGUGUGACAGCCUUCGGCACGUUCUACCUGGUACUGUUUACAUUUGUGUGUUUUUUGGUCGUCUCGGGACUCCAGUACACAAGAAAGUACUUGCUAACCCUCAGAUAGUCUUCUCCAGACUUCUUCCGGUACACAAGUUCAGCUGCGAAAAAGGGGCCACUGACUGGCGCUUCCGUCGAUUUAUUGUGCGAACCUACACUCCCUAGCCAAUACAAUGGAUGAACUAAAGUUUCUGAUCAAGACCUGCAAAGACUAGACCUUCUGCUGCCCUGUGCUUCACAGAGACUUGGCUUUGUGGAUGCAUCACCGACAGUACCGUUUAGCUAUCCGGCUUUCAUGUUUUUCGACCGGACCGCAAAGCGGAGCUAGCACGAAAUCGAAAGGCGGUGGAAUUCAUAUCAAUGAGAAAUGGUGCACGAACGUUCCACACCUCAGCACACACUGGAGCCCGCUUAUGGAGUCGUUCUUGACCUGUAAACCGUUUUACUCGCUGCGUGAAUUAGCCUCUUUCAUUCUCGUAGGUGUUUACACUCCACCUCAAGCUAGCAUGAGCGCAGCACUGCUAGUGCUCGCCGAGCAGGUAAACGAGAUUAUCCCUGGAGAUUUUAAUGUAGCUAAACUUAACCAGGCGGCACAGUGGAUCAGCUGGAAAGCGUUGGCCUCACAGUUCUGAGGUCCCGGGUUCAAUCCCGGCCCCGCCUGUGUGGAACUUGCAUGUUCUCCCUGUCCCUGCGUGGGUUUUCUCCGGGCACUCCGGUUUCCUCCCACAUCCUAAAAACAUGCAGCAUUAAUGGGACACUCUAAAUCACCCCAAGUGUAAUUGUGAGUGUGACUUCCUGUUUGUUUCUAUGUGCCUAAUUAGAAGCAGCACAUAAAAUGUCCGAAGGGUAAAUAACACUCUAGACCAGGGUGCUCAAUGUAUCUAUCGGCGAGGCAGUUUUUGGUCGAUCGCAUGACCACAUGCCACAAAAGAAAAGAAAAGAAAAAGACGUCAGCGUAUCAUCCAUUUCGGUGCUUGAUUGACAUUUUGCCAUUUGCCAUUUUGACCAAUCCUGGCCUCUUCUGACAUGUAUCACCGCAUGUGCACGUAAAGGCGGGUUAAAAGUAAAGUUGGUCUCCUAUUUACUGUCUGUCCCUUGCUUUCUCCACAGUAGUCGCGGCAAUGCACCCCCACCCUAUCACCCCUAUUGUCGCGCCGAUAUACUCAGCACCCCACCCCCAAACCCCUCUCGUUUGUAGAUCGCGACAGGCUAGCUGCAAUGUAGAUCUUGGUCACAAAAAAGUGUGGGGACCCCUGCUCUAGACCACUGUCAUACUGAUAUUAAAGAGCAAGUGUAAUCCAUAUAAACAUUCUAAAAUAGAUAUUGAAAUGAAAAAUACAUAGAACAUUAUUCACUUCAAUGUCUACACGAAAAAAUAAAUAUGAAUGGAGAGCGCGUCAUCCAUGCGCAAAGUUGCGGAAGUCUCAUUCGACAUCCAAGUGGUUGCCAUAUUGGCAGGAUAAUUUAAAAUGCAACUACCACGUAAUGCUUGAUUUUUAGUCUAUUAUUAAUGAAUAAAAGGCAGCCGGAACAGACCCGUGCGUUUUUUCACCACACAACAUGAUUUUGACUUUUUGUCAC